GCGCCUAAGUUUUGUGAAGAAGUCAAGCAUUCAAGGUUCAGGAUAAAACAUUUGGGAAUUGGGAUACAACGAAGUGUCGCAUGCACUGUAUGAGUGUGGACAUAUUACGUAAAUCAGUAUAUUUAAUCUAGAAACGAUUACACUGUAAACCGAUUUCCUGUAAACUGGCACAAGCAACCCUGCGCCGCCACUCAAAUGACGUUUUAUUUUUUUGACGUACGACGUAAGUUUCGUUUCUGUUAAAAGGAAAGUCAUCUGUUUUGGGUAACUUACCGACUGAGCGAAAGAAAGCAGACGAAUCCGACGUCUUGUACCAAGAUCAUUAUGAGCACAGUGACAUCCAGCUUGAAUAAAUGGCAGAAGAAGAAGCUCUGCUCAUUGUUCAACAAUGCCAACCUCAGCCUGCUGUUCAAAGCCAGUGUGCAUGGCUACAAUGCCACUACAUUUCACCAAAAGUGUAAUAUGCAGGGACCAACUGUUAUUGUAGCUUACAACAAGUCUGGAUAUGUUUUUGGGGCUUUCACUAGCAAGGAUUUCCAUCAAACCAACCAAAAUGUUGUGGAUGACAAAGCUUUUCUCUUCAGCUUUAAUGACAAAGAAAUUAAAGAAGAUCCUCUGCGUGUGGUCAGUGGAAAUCCCCAGUAUGCUUUCACUGACAGUGGUCCACACUUUGUCUCUUUGGUAUUUCUUUACAAUAACACAGCCACCGUCUACAGUAAUCCAGGAACAUACCAAUUUGAUCCACAGAAGAUGCAUGGGAACGACUUACAGCUGACAGAAUGUGAGGUGUACAGAGUGGAAGAUUGUGGAGGACUCAUGGAGAAACCAUGGAGAAAUGUGCAGUGGAACUCUGAGAGGAGGCAGGCUCUAUUGAGCACCAUCUCUGGCUGGAAGCCUUCUGUUAGCUCAGUCAAACAGGCUCGGAUUCUACUGGUGGGUCCUGUUGGUGCUGGGAAAUCAAGCUUCUUCAACUCCAUCAACUCUGUGUUCAAGGGUUAUGUGAGCAACCAGGCCAACACUGGCACUGCUGGCACCAGUUUGACUACUCAGUUUCGUACCUACUGCAUCAAGCCAGGCAGCGGUGUCAGCAAUAUUCCCUUCUCUCUGUGUGACUCAAUGGGUCUGGAGGAUGGUGUGAACUCCGGUCUGGAUGUAGAUGAUUUUGCCAGCAUUUUGAAGGGUCACAUUCAAGACAGGUAUCAGUUUAACCCAUUGAUGCCCAUACAGCCUGACUCCCCUCAUUUCAAUAAAUCUCCUGGCUUGAAGGACAAGAUUCACUGUGUGGUGUAUGUGAUUGACACCUGCAAAGUCAAGCUCCUCUCUGACAAUAUUAUCAACAAGUUUGCAGUUUUUCGAAGGAAAACCAACCAGUUGGGUGUUCCUCAGCUGGUUUUGCUGACUAUGGAUGAGGCCUGCCCCUUAGUGGCGGAAGACCUGAAAAAUGUCUACCAGAGCCACUAUAUCAACAAAAUGAUGCAGGAGGUUAGCACUCAGCUUGGAGUUUCUCUGUCUGCUGUGGUCCCAGUGAAAAACUACUGCCAAGAACUGGAAAUAGACUCUCAAUCAGACAUACUGCUUCUGAAUGCUGUGGUUCAGAUGCUCAGAGCCGCUGAGGUCUUUUUUGAUGAUCUUUACAGUGCAGAAGUGUAGAGCUUAGCCUUAUUUCCCUGUCUGACCUAAAGGUUAUGAAUGUAUAUAUUAGCAUCGUUUCUCCCUGUUUACGUUGUUUUAGGUGAUGUUCAUCUCUGUUUCUGUGUUAUGAGGUUCGUUGAUUUCUUCUGUUGCUCUGCUCUGAACAUGCAAACCAUUUGUGAUCCAAAACAUGUAACCAGAUGGCUAAUAUUCAAAGUUUAUUGUCAGUUUGAGUGAACAAUUAAUGAUUCUGAAUUAAAAUAAAGGCCCUAUUGCAGUUACAUUA